AUGAACUAUGAAAUGAAAUCAAUGAGUAAUUCAAAUUACUCAGACAUCCAAAAUUUGGAGAGAACUUUUAAGAUAUCUGAACUGAGUGACAGGAAAUAUAGAAAAAGAACUACAAAUUUCGUAUUUCUGUACAAUAAUGAUCCAGUCACUUUGUGCUGCAAAAAGCAGUAUAUUGUUGUACUACCUACUUCUGAAGCAGAAUAUGUAUCUGCAGCUCAAUGUUGUCAAGAGAUGAAAGUUUUUAAGAGUGUCGUGGAAAUAUUGAUGAAUAAAAACAUAAAAAAUACACUGUGUGUGGACAAUCAAAGGGCAAUAGCAAUUAUCAAACGUGGUCAGAUGUCAAGAAGAAAUAAUCACACUGAUAUGAAGUAUCAUUUCAACAGUGACUUAUUAAAUAAUGACCUGUCAAACAUACAAAACUAUAAAACUUGCUGA